AUGUCUUUGAAUUCUUGUAAGUCACAUAUAAAAGAAUAUUGUUCUAAAUGCUCAUUCGCUGGAGUUCAUUUUGUAGCUGAUGACACAAAACAUUGGACUGAAAGGUGGCUUUGGAUAGGGCUUAUUGUUCUCUCUUGGUACGGCUCUGGCCUUCUAAUUAUUUCUGCUUGGAAUGCAUUUAUGCAGAAUCCUAUUAGUUUUGGCGUAGAAACAACGUAUACAGAUUGGGAUACUAAGCUGCCCACUGUCGCAAUUUGUGAAUUAUCAAAUUUCGAAAAAAUUUACAAUGUCUCGGAUACAAUAUGGACACCAAAUCAUCUCCUGGAUCUUGAAGACGUCUUAAAAGACAUUGCCUACUUUCAAGGGGUUGCCUACAGUCUUAUUGAAGUAUGCUUUAUAUCAAAAGCGCACAAUCCGCUUUGUCCACUUUCCAAUUAUAGCUAUUAUGCUCAACUAGUUCGCAGUUCAUGUCCGGAGAUAUUGAAAAAUUGCUCCUACAAUGACAAGGAGUUUGACUGCUGCGAAUACUUUCAACCAAUAGAAACUGAUCUUGGCACUUGCUACAUAAUUAACUCCAUACAAACAAAGAAACCGAAACCGUAUCCAAUGAUAAGUAAUAUGAAAAAGAAGCGAGGUAUCCUUAAAUUUCAAGUAUUAUUAACUUCAAUGAUGUACACACUAGGAGAAGAUGAAAUUCCGAGUAUAACAACUUUAUAUUCGUCGAGCUUAAAAAUAAUGCUUGGAAAAAUAUAUAGACGUCAAGUAAUAGUAAGAAAUAUUGAAAAUGAUCCACUAAUAAAGGAAACAACGCCUCAACAGCGUGCUUGCCGUUUCCAUGACGAAAACGAGGCUGGACUCUACCCGCACUAUUCUUACAGUGCAUGUAAUAUUUUGUGUAGGAAACGGGCGCAAAUGGACCUCUGCAAGUGUAACGACCACUUCAUGCUCGGUUCCAGUACU